UUUGGCACUGAGUCGUGAGGCUGCGCGAAACGCCGAGAAUUGAAUCCGUCGAACAAGAACAAAAGAGAAAGAAAAGCAGAGAUUGAAACAAAAGACAUUCGAAUUUUACACGAGUUUUACUCAAUUGAUCUUUCUAACGUAACCAAUUUAGCUGCAUACACAUUCGUGAUGCAUGGUUAUUCGGAUCAACAACAAAAAUGGCGACCGCCUUCUUAUCGUUACUCGCGAUUUCGCGCGCUUCGUUAUUCGAUUUGCUCUUUUCAGCUCGUUAUAUCGUGACUUCUAUCGCUAACGUUAUCGUUGUUUCUAUAAUUGGUUGAUCCAUAACUGAUUCAGUUCUAGAUAUCGUCGUCGACGAUGUCCUAUUAUCGUAGAAAUGUUUCGUGUUUCGUGUUGCGAUCGUCGUGAGAAAGCUUCGGUGUUUCUCGUCUGCUCUUAACCUGUCUUUUAAAUAAUUAAUAAAUAUCGAUUGUAUAAAUAAACAAGACGAUAUACUCGUAAUAAUAAAUGUUCUAACUGUUGUACAGUUCUCUUCAGUAUGAUAAGUUCUACAUUAAAUUUUGAAAACCGAUAACAACUUCCCUAUGUAAUAAUGCACGAAUCUUCAAUACAUCGCAAACAAAUUGUUGAUGUACCCUAUUUUAAGACAGAUGCUUACCUGCGGACACGAAAUUAAGACACAAAAUAAUGACGUGGAUCAUCGGCGAUCAUCGCGAAACAUUGUUUGUUCGCAGCUCUGGAUUUGUAACAAAGUAUGGCAACACAAGGCACAGAUCUAUCAAAUUGCCUCGUGACUCAAGAUGUCGAAACCAUGUCCGACGAGACACAGGAGAACCGGGCAGAUAUAUUAGAGUGCCUAUCGGUCUUAAUUAAUGAAAAUAACACAGAGAAUGGUCGAACCGAAGAAUUGAUAUUGGAUGAGCAUUUGUUGGGUGGCACAACACUGACAGCUGUAACUCUACUUGAUGGAACACAAGCAUUUGUCACAAAUAAUUUCAGUGACAAUGAUGUGGACUCAAAGGGACAAGCAACAUUUGAAUUGGAGAAUGGAGAUACUAUAUUAUUGCGCGAUGUAUCAGAAUUUACCGAUGGUAAGCCGCUUCAGUUGGAAUUGGAUCCAGCAACCUUAGUCCAAGCCCAUAAUGCUACUAUAGAAAACGUCGAAAAUAGUUAUCCAAGGGUGGAAUUUAUCGACGGUACCGCUUACAUGGUGACGGGUCACCUCGACGUUGGCAAAGAUUUGUGGGAAAUCGAGAGCGGUAAAUUGAAAAAGAAGGACUCCAAAAUCUUGUUAAAUAAACUAUCAGCAUCAAGGAUCAGGCAUCCUUGUCCAAGAGAGGGCUGUUCUAAAGUCUACAGCACUCCUCACCAUCUUAAGGUGCACGAACGAUCUCAUACUGGCCAACGGCCGUAUAGAUGCACGCAUCCCAAAUGUAAAAAGAGCUUCUCAACGGGAUAUAGUUUGAAGGCGCAUUUGCGUACUCACACCGGAGAGAAGCCCUACAAAUGUUUAAACGAAGCGUGCGAAAAAAGUUUUAAAACUUCUGGAGACUUGUUAAAACAUGUCCGAACGCACACUGGAGAACGCCCCUUUUUAUGUCCGUUCGAUGGUUGUGGCCGCUCUUUUACUACCAGCAAUAUUAGAAAGGUCCACGUCAGAACGCACACCGGUGAACGGCCUUAUAAAUGUACGCAACCCAAAUGUGGGAAGGCUUUUGCCAGCGCGACAAACUAUAAAAAUCAUAUACGAAUUCAUUCUGGCGAGAAACCUUACGUCUGUUCUAUCGAAAAUUGUGGAAGGAGGUUUACCGAAUAUUCUAGUCUUCAUAAACAUCAUCUCGUCCACACACAACAGCGUCCGUUCGAAUGUAAAGUCUGCUUUAGGAGAUACAGACAGAGCAGUACCCUCAUAAUGCACAAAAGAACGGCCCACGCUUUAGUCGAUAACGAUGAUAAUGUUGAUGUGUUUUUCCAAGAAUCUAUGCCAGAGUCUUCUAGUCGAGGCAAAGACAGGCGGAAGACGACUCUUAUACGAGAAAACGGCAACUCUCCGCUAAAGAUUACAGAAAAAGAUAGACAGAUACAGAUUCAUUCCAAAGCGGUUGAUGAUUUAAAUGACAACGAAACGCAGAUUCUACUGGUUGGCGAUCCUUCGCAAAUCGCGGCGUUGCAGAAGAUCGAGUUAAACGGUGGGUUCGACGAGCCUGGAAUCGAUACUUCGUUCGAAGAAUUAAACAUAAAGAUUGAAGAUAUAGAGCUUGGAUGGAAUUAAAGUAUGAUUUCAAUGGCAUAUUUACGAAUAUUAAACAGACAUGUGAAUUAUGUUUUCGUGACAGGCGAUCAUUUCGUGUUUAUUUGAUCUUUUUUUCGAUUUUUUUUCUGAUUCCGUUGAGAAGAAUUAUCGGAAAUGAUUCAUUUCAGCGUCGCGAAAUGAAUUAUUUCAGUGGCAUGGAUUGACACGUUCACUGCGACGCGGGAUAUAUACUGUGUCGUGUCACAUACUUUCACAAUAAUUCAGAAAUAAUAUAACGUACGUUUACCGAAAGAGGAGGAAGCCGCCGUAGUGAACGUGUUAACGAUAAUUCAACACUCUUCAAUGUUCGUGAGUGUAAUUGGAGGUUCUUUUUUUAACAUUUAUUAACGAACAGAAAGAACCACUUCGUUUAUUUUAAAAAAGGUGCAAUUUUCGAUUGGCUUUUUUUUAGCAAAAUAUUUUCAUUCCGUAUUUCGCGUUUUCAUUCCUGUACCAUCCCAUUUUGUUGCAUGUCGAAUCGAUUCGUUCCAUUGCUAUAGAUUUAUAUACGUCUUGCGUCUUACGUAUUGCGAACAAAAAUUACGUUUAGUUUUUGUCGUCACACCACGAUGUUACGAGAGAAGGGCAUAUAGAAUUAUAGAGAAAUUAUGAAGUUUGUGAUAAUAUAUCUUUUCAGCAAAUAAUACGAUAAUCUUAUACAGUA